AUGGAGGAAGAAUUGAGAUUGACUCAAGUAACCGAACUGAACGAUGAUGAUUGUGAAGAGAAAAGUGAAAAAGGUGACAUAAGAAAUGUCCCAAAAGGGAUUUUGAAAGAAUUUAUUGAGACUUAUAGAGCUCAUCCAGCUUUGUGGCUACUUGGAAUUGCUAAAGAUUUGAGAAAGUACGAUUCACAUGCUGACCACAAAACAGUAAAACAAAAAAUUCAAUCAAUUAGAGGAUCCUUCCGCAAAGAAUUUAAAAAGGUCGAAAAGUCAAAGCGAUCAGGCAGAGGUGUUGACGAACUUUAUAAAUCACAUUUGUGGUAUUUCAAGUUAUUGAUGUUUUUAGUAGAUCAUGAACUACCAACCAGUAGUUGUGACAACAUCAAUGAGUCAACAAAUAGCCCAUUUCAAGAACCUGUGGAGGAAAUAGACGAGCCCAACGAAGGCAAUGAAACCAACGAAGGAAUAGCACAUAAUGCAGAGUCAGUGGUUAAUACUAAUAUUAACACCAACAACAAGAAAUAUAGGAAUGCAGACGGUCAUAGCCCUGCACAAAACAAAAAAAUCUGUGAAGACAGGGAGCGGAAAUUAUUUCUUGCAAAGUGUACUGAGGCACUAAACUCCAAACCAACAGAAAAUGAUGCCCUGGGUCAAUACAUAAGUGCAAAAUUGGAAAAAGUCGUAAACCCAGAACAAAAGAUGUAUGCUGAAGCAUUGCUAACUAAAGUACUUAAUAAGGCAAUAAUGGGUCAAUUGAAUGAAUUCGUAGAUGUAACCUACAGUAAUGUAGGACUUUAUCCUUCUAAUAAUUUUUCUCAUGUGUCGCCAGGGUCCUCGGCCCAUUCCUCAUUAGCGUCUAAUUCCUUUCCGUCUCCUUCCCUAUCAAACAAUUAUUCCACAGCGGAAUCUACUCCUGCUGAAAAUGUUAGCCCUAUGGAAGGUUUGCGAGCUUAUUUUUCCUCAGCAGGUCGUGAAUAACAAUUAUAUAAUUUUUUUACGUUUUCUUGUUAUAAUUAGGAUGAGUUUUUUAGUUUAUUUGUAUUUGUUAAAAUAAAGAGAGGACUUUUUGCACAAGGUAUUGUACUUACUU